GUAUGCUUUGCCACAUCCUGUCCUUCACUUUUAAUUUGUAGCUUGGGGCUUGGCUCGUCUAUCGGACUCUAAAUGGCGAGUGGUAGUUCUUCGGAAGAAGGAGCACGCCAGAACUCCGCCGACAAGGACAAGCUGAUCACCGUUCUGAGCAUCGAUGGCGGCGGCGUCAGAGGGAUCAUUCCGGCCACCAUCCUCGCCUUCCUUGGAGAGGAGCUUAAGAAACUGGAUGGGCCAGAAGCUAGGAUCGCAGACUACUUUGAUGUUGUCGCUGGCACGAGCACCGGCGGCCUCUUGACGGUGAUGCUCACGGCGCCGGACAAGAACGGGCGGCCUUUGUUCGAUGCCAAGGAGCUUGCUCAGUUCUACAUGGACGAGUCGCCCAAGAUCUUCCCACAGAAUUGCAGGAACUCGUUCUUUGGCAAGAUCGCCACAGCUCUGAGGAUGGUGCGAGGGCCCAAGUACAACGGGAAGUACCUCCAUGCGCUGCUUCGUCGGUACCUUGGUGAGACCAAGUUGGACGGUACGCUGACCAAUGUGGUCAUCCCGACCUUCGAUAUCACAUACCUGCAACCCACGAUUUUCUCGAGCUUUCAGUUGAAGCACUCGCCUGCGAAAAACGCACUCCUGUCAGACAUCGCGAUCAGCACCUCCGCCGCGCCGACGUUCUUCCCGGCGCACUACUUCGAGACCAAGGACGACAAAGGCGAGCCGAGGGCCUUCAACCUCAUCGACGGCGGCCUCGCCGCCAACAACCCCACGCUAUGCGCGAUGAGCCAAGUGUCGCAGGACAUCAUCGUGGGGGACGGCGAGUUCUUCGUGGAGAACCCGGUCGACUACGGCAAGUUCAUGGUGGUCUCCGUCGGCUGCGGGCUGAACCCGAAAGAGAGCUACAGCGCCAAGGACGCCGCCAAGUGGGGGAUCCUGAACUGGAUCGUCAAGGACGGCACCGCCCCCCUCGUCGACAUGUUCAACGCCGCCAGCGCCGACAUGGUGGACAUCCACCUCUCCGUCCUCUUCGGCGCCCUGCGCUCCUCCCACCGCUACCUGCGCAUCCAGUACGAUCAGCUGAGCGGGAGUGCCGGUUCCAUCGACGACUGCUCGAAGGAGAACAUGGACAGGCUGGUGCAGAUCGGGCACGAGCUCCUCAGGAAGAACGUGUCCCGGGUGGACCUGGAGACCGGCCUGAACGUGGAGAUGCCCGGCCUAGGCACCAACGCGGAGCAGCUCGCCAAGUUCGCAAAGCACCUGUCCGACGAGCGGCGCCGGCGCAAAAAGGUGCUUCAGAUUAACUAGCAGCUGGCCGGCCGGCUCGCUCUACUUUGUUGAGUCUUGCUCGUUUGGUGGAUGUUUUCCAUUCAGUUUUUUUCUUCUUGUACACAGUGAUGUAAUAUUUGUACAGUUAUGUAAUAAUACUGUGCCACAUUUGGAAAAUAGAUUAAGGGUGUUCCAUGUUUUGCCGGAGCAAGUGUUGAUCA